AUGUCUUACUCAACUAUAUUUUAGGAAACUGAAGAAGAAUUAAACUAAAGUGACAUAGUUAACUAGGUGCUAGUUUCUAUUAUUCAUUCAAAAGAAGAACAGAGAUAGAUUUUGGAAGAGCUUGAGCUCAAAGAUAUCAAUGAUUUUAAUUAAUAUAGAGUAGGAGGCUUUAAAACAAUUAACAAUCUACUAAGACCUUAUAUGCUAUGGCUUCCAACCUUAUGCAAAAUGAUAUAGUUGUGA